AUGAAAAUGAACAAAGCUACAGGUCCUGACGGUAUAUCCGUUGAAAUGAUUCAAUGUCUAGAUGAAAUAGGUGUCGAUGUCAUGACAAAACUAGUAAAUAAGAUCUAUGACACCGGUGAUAUCCCAGAAGAUCUAACUAAAUCCAUAUUUAUAGCUCUUCCAAAAAAGUCGGGAGCUACCGAAUGUGAACUUCAUCGCACAAUCAGUCUUAUGAGUCACGUAACAAAAAUUCUACUCAAGAUUCUAAUGCUGCGUAUGAAAAAUAAGAUCACACCAGAAAUAGCCAAAGAACAAUACGGAUUCAUGCCUGACAAAGGUACCAGAAAUGCCAUCUUUAUCCUUCGCAUGAUAAUCGAAAGAUCCAUAGAAGUCAAACACGACUUAUAUCUAUGUUUUCUUGAUUACACAAAAGCUUUUGACAAAGUCAAACAUGACAAUCUACUCGAAAUUCUAGAUCAGGUCGAUAUUGAUGGCAAAGAUCUUCAAUUAAUACGAAAUCUCUACUGGAAUCAAAAAGCCGCCAUGAAAAUAAACGGUGACACUAGCGAAUACACAAAUAUCAAGAGAGGUGUCAGACAAGGUUGUGUUCUAUCUCCAGAUCUCUUCAACAUCUACAGUGAAAUGAUACUUAGAAAUCUAGAAGAUGUAGAAGGAAUGAAAAUAGGAGGUUAUAACUUUAACAACCUAAGAUAUGCAGACGACACUGUAUUGAUAGCUAGCACUGUGGAAGACCUACAGGAAAUGAUUGAUAUAGUCUCAAAAGAAACUUUGAAGAUGGGACUAUCACUCAGCGUCAAGAAAUCAGAAUGCAUGAGCAUCUCAAAGAAUCCAUAUCGAUCAGCACUAAAACAAGAGUCCUCAAAUCUUAUGUCUGGUCGAUUCUGUUAUACGGAUCUGAAUGUUGGACAAUUAACAAAGAGAUGGAAAGACGCUUGGAGGCCACCGAAAUGUGGUUCCUAA